CCGUCGAAGCAACAAGAGCUGUGUCACACUCUGCUCAUAGAACUCCUCGCACACCAGUUCUGCUCACCUGUGCGAUGGACCGAGACGCAGGACCUGCUUCUGCACGACUUCAAGACCAAGAAGACUGUCGAAAUCGGGCCAUCAGACACCCUUACAACGAUGAUGAAGAGAACUCAUGAUCUCACGUACCGACCUUUCGAUACCGCCAACUCUGUAUCUCGAAAUUUUCUGUCCCUCAAGCGUAAUAAGCAGGAUGUCUGUUUUCAAAAGGAGCGAACGACGACCCCGGCAAAGAAGGCAAAGGUGGUCAACACGAAGGCUGAGGUGUCAAAGCCUACUGUGGCCUCAACACCACCUAUAUCGUCAACACCACCUGCGGCAGUGGCCGUUAGUCCCAUUGAAGAUGCUCCUGUGUCUGCUGCAGAUAUAAUCAUAACCAUCGUUUCAGUUGCCUUGAAGAAGAGCCCGAAAGAUCUGGCUCUCGACAGUUCUGUCAAGGCCCUUUCUCGAGCAGGACGAUCUACUCUGCAAAAUGAAAUCACAGGCGACCUGGACACCGAGUUUGGGUCCGCACCUGAUGGCGCAGAGGACAUUCCUCUGAAAGAACUCGCCGCCAUGCUUCAGAAGUCUUUUACUGGGCAGCUAGGACGGCGGACGAAGUCCAUGGUCGACAAACUUUUCACAUCCAAGAUGCCAGGUGGAUUCAACUUGACGAAAGUGCGAAGCAUGCUUGAACAUGAGUAUGGAUUUGGCGCAGGAAGACAGGACUGUAUUCUUCUUUCCUCCCUCCAGACUGCACCAGCAGCCCGUCUUGACUCCGAAGACAAAGCCAGAGAAUAUUGGUCCAGUACCGUGCAGAUUUACAUAUCCGCUGCCGGUAUUCAAGUCCAAAAGGCUGCGAUAUCUUCUGGUGCCGCUGGUGCUGCUGUCAACAUCGACCCCAAGGCGCUAGAAGCCUUGACAAAACGCAAUGACGACUUCAACCGAGAGAUCUACGAAGCCUAUGCCAAGCACGUCGGCGAUAAAUCUGGACCUAGUUCUGACGAGCUUGCAAGAAUCCGGAACGACUUAAAAGACCUCCAGAGUGAACUUGAUCUAUGGAAUCUGGAACACGGCAAUGACUACGCGACUGGUAUCAAACCACUGUUCGACCGUCGUAAGGCUCGGCAAUACGACUCGUACUGGAAUUGGGCAGUACAGGACCUCUUCCAGAUUUACCAUGGCAUCCGCCAAGGUAGCAUUCAUAUCAACGACGAAGAUCUGGUUCCCCGCCGACAAGCUUUGCUCAAUAAAUCAUGUGCGCGCUUGAACUCCGCUCUCACUCACAUGUUGGCUGAGAUAAAGGCUGAGAAAUCACAACCAGUGGAAGUAACGAGCUGGUUCGCGGAACUUCUCGCGGACUGUAAAAUGGCUCUCCAUCGAUCACCAGCCUUUAUUGCGUCUGCGAAGCUCACAAAGCCAAGAACUACCAUCGAUAUCAACGGGGUGAUACAGUUCGUUGAGGAACCGGUUGCGCGCGUACAGGCGUGUGAGGAGCAAGCCCUGAAAGAAAUCAUCGUUGAUAAAGACGCAAAUGGGGAGAUUACCAAUAUCAGCGUCAACAUACGUACCCAUAAUCUCGACGUGCCGGCAUCAGAUACCUCAUCAGUUACUGAAGUAGCCACUCCUGGCCUUCGCUACACUUCCCUCCCGAAAAUACAGAAGAAGGCUGGAGGAUCAUGGAGGGACUCCAUGCCUUUGACAGACGAGUUCGCAACGGCUCUAAAUCAGUCAACUUCAAAAGGAUUGGAGUUCUCCGGAAAGAACGUUCUCAUCACUGGAGCCGGAAAGGACUCCAUUGGUUCAAAGAUCUUACAAGGGCUUCUCUCUGGAGGCGCCAGGGUCGUAGUUACCACGAGCUCAUACUCGAGAAAGACCACCAUCCAUUACCAAGAGAUGUUCUCUAGAUUUGGAUCCAAAGGCUCCAGCCUGCUGGUCGUGCCGUUCAACCAAGGCAGCCAGCAAGAUACGGAAGCCCUUAUCGAAUAUAUCUAUAGUAUAAACGACUCGGAAUGGGAUCUAGACCACGUUGUUCCAUUCGCAGCUAUCUCGGAGUUCUCUAACGGGGUUGAGCUUGGUUCGAAAUCAGAACUGGCUCAUAGAAUGAUGCUCACAAAUACUCUGAGGCUACUCGGAGCGAUUAAGACGGCUAAAGAGGCUCGUCGGAUUGACACUAGACCUGCGCAAGUUAUCCUUCCUCUAUCGCCCAACCACGGCGUAUUCGGAGGCGACGGGCUCUACUCGGAAUCGAAGCUUGGUCUCGAAGGACUUCUGAACAAAUGGCACACGGAAGAUUGGUCCGACUACCUAUCCAUCUGCGGCGCUGUCAUUGGAUGGACUCGUGGCACUAAACUUAUGAACGACAACGACAUCGUAGCCGAAGGCGUUGAAGGCCUGGGUGUAAAGACCUUCUCACAAGCUGAGAUGGCUUUGAAUAUCCUGGGCUUGAUGACUUCGCCGCUUCUUCACAUUUGCCAGACUGAGCCGCUCCUUGCGGACCUCAGCGGGGGCAUGAGCUCGUUUCCGAACCUCAAGGAAGAAGUCGCCAUCAUCCGCUCGGAAAUCAAAGACAUCAGCGCCAGCCGACGUACUAUGGCUCGUGAACUCCAGGCAGAACACGGUGUCUCAUCUCCGGCAAGUAGUCAGUUCCCUGCUUUCACGCAGCGAGCCAACAUCAAGUUCGAUUUUCCCAAACUUCCUGACUUUUCUUCAGAGGUCGAACAGCUCUCUCAGCUAGAAGGCAUGAUCGACCUCGAAAAGGUCGUGGUCGUAUGCGGCUACGGGGAAGUCGGACCACAUGGCAGCUCUCGCACUCGAUGGCAAAUGGAAGCUCAUGGGGAACUUUCUUUGGAAGGCCAUAUCGAGAUGGCCUGGAUGAUGGGACUCAUUGAAUAUCAAAGCGCUGAGGGUGUACCGUAUCAUGGGUGGGUCGAGAAAGAAAGUCACCAGCCGAUCACGGAUCUCGAUAUCAAGAAGAAGUACGAGCAGCACAUUCUGAAGCACAGCGGCAUUCGCUUCUUUGAUGCUCGUUCGCUAGAUGGCCCGGACCCGUCUGCUCGGCAGGUCCUUCACGAGAUCGACCUACAGGCUGAUUUCGCGCCUUUCGAGGUUUCCAACGAUACCGCCACAGACCUGAUCAGGGAGCACGGAAACAAGAUUACAAUCACCGACGUUGAGGACCACUGCGUUGCAGUUCUCAAGAAGGGUGCCCGUCUCAUGGUCCCUAAGGCUUUGGUUUUCGACCGCACCGUUGGAGGCCAGGUUCCUACCGGGUGGUCUGCAAGAACAUACGGUAUUGCUGAGGAUAUUAUUAACCAAGUUGAUCCUGCAACACUAUAUGCUUUAGUGUGCACCGCUGAGGCUUUGUUGACCGCCGGUAUUACCGACCCCUAUGAAUUUUAUAAGUACAUCCACGUUUCUCAGCUCGGUGUCGCUGUCGGAUCCGGCUAUGGUGGAGCUGCAUCGUUGCAGGGUAUCUACAAAGAGCGAUUUCUGGAUAGACCUAUUCAAAAUGAUGUGCUGGCUGAGUCCUUCAUUAAUACCGGCAGUGCAUGGAUCAAUAUGCUUCUGCUCUCCUCCUCCGGACCCAACAUCACGCCCGUUGGCGCGUGUGCAACCGCACUAGAGUCACUUGACGUGGGCUUCGAGCUCAUUUCCAGCGGCAAAGCGAAAGCUGUACUUGUUGGUGGCUACGAUUACUUAGCUAAAGAUGUUGCGUACGAGUUCGCCAAUAUGAAGGCAACCAUCAGCAGCGAUGCAGACAUGGCCCGCGGCAGGGAUCCUCAGGAGAUGUCUCGACCUGCCACUUCAACUAGGGGCGGGUUUGUUGAGUCUGAAGGCUGCGGCAUCCAGGUUCUCACCACCGCAAAGCUCGCUCUUGAAAUGGGUUUGCCGAUUCACGGCAUCAUGGCUAUGACGCGGACUGCUAGCGACAAAGCUGGCAGAUCAUUGCCAGCCCCUGGCCAUGGUAUCAUGACCGCCAGUGGCCGGUCCAAAGGUGGCGCCUUCGACUCACCCUUAAUGAGCAUUGCCUAUCGCAAACGCCAAAUCGACCUUCGCAUGAACCAGAUCAAAGCCACUGAAGACUCCGAACUCACCUUCCUCGAAGAAGAGCUCACCUCUUACAAGUCCAACGAACCUGACUUCGACAUUGACGAAUUCCGCAAGCAUCGUAUCGCCGCCAUCCUCUCCGAGAGCCAAAGCCAGCGACAAGAAACCAUGAACACCUACGGCAACAACUUUUGGAAACGCGAUACUCGCAUCUCGCCUAUGCGAGGCGCUCUCGCUACUUGGGGUCUCGCAAUCGACGAUCUCUCCGUUGCGUCCUUCCAUGGCACGUCGACUGUGAUGAACGAGCUGAAUGAAUGCAGUGUCAUCCAAGAGCAGAUGACCCAGCUCGGUCGCACACGCGGCAACCCAGUCCAGGCCGUCUUCCAGAAGCACCUUACAGGCCACCCCAAGGGCGCCGCGGCGGCAUGGAUGCUGAACGGGUGUCUGCAGAUUAUGGAUACGGGUCUCGUGCCGGGCAACCGGAAUGCAGACAAUAUCGACGCAGAGCUCGAGAAGUUCGACCAUAUCGCUUUCCCAAGCGAGACUCUCAAGACGUCAACAGGAGUGAAGGCUUUCAUCGUAAGCUCAUUCGGGUUCGGGCAGAAGGGCGCGCAGGCGAUUGGAAUUCAUCCGAAAUAUCUCUUCGCGGCGGCAGGGAAGGAGCAGUAUGAGAGCUAUCGUGUAAAGCUGGCCAAGAGGCAGAAGAAAGCGUAUCAGCAUUUCCAGAAAUCGAUGAUGGAGAAUAGUUUGUUCAAGGCGAAGGAUUUGCCGCCGUAUGCGCCGGGGAAGGAGACGGAGUUUUUGACGAAUGUGGAUGCCAGGUUGCCUAUGGACAUGGAACUUGAGUAGGCGACGCUUGCAUAUGUCUUGUAUAUACUUUAGGUUUUGCGCAAGGAGUUUUCGCUUUUCUCUAUGGCGCGGUGUUGGAUCGGGGAUGUCUGAUCACGUUUCUAUAGUCC